GUACUACUGAAGGAGUCGGUUUAGAUUUCGAAACGUUUAGCAGUUGUAAAUAAAUUUAUAAAAUAAAAGAAAAUUCUAUGAGAAAAACGAAAUUAAAUUUAAAUGUAAUUUCCUUAUCAUAUUAUCAACAGAAUUAACACUACCUCGUAUCAAAUUUAUAUUACACAUUUUUGUAUUGGGGUCAUAAAACUACCGUCGGGAAAAAAAAGAAUAGAUUAAAAUGUUUCUUGAAUAACGUUUGACAGAAAAGUGAUAGAGGUGGUGUUUGUCACUUGGAAGUCAAGACCUGAGUGCAUUUUUUCAUCUUGUAUGUCAUUUUGAAAAUCUUCUCUCAAAGUAGGUUUUCUUGAGAAUCUUUAGAAUACCAUUUUAUUACUAAAACACUUAUAAUAAAAAUAUUUUGGUUGUUUUUCAUCGGUAACUAGUCUGUUAUUUUGAGUGAAUUGUUUUUUUUGUGAAUUGUAAUAUUAGUUGAUAACAACCUGGAAACCCAAACUGUUCUUUGUAAAAAUCAGUUUUCAUCAGAUUAUUUGGAUUCUUAUCCGAAAACAAACGUUCUCGCAACAUGCAGUGUGGUCAAUUAUGUAUGUUCUAUGCAAUCUCAACGUCACCUCCAAAUCAUCGGCUGCCAGACCUGACAGUUGACUGAAGUCUGAUCCUCAGAAAAACCUACUUUGAGAAAAGAUUUUCAAAAUGACGUUCGAGAUGAAAAAAUACGCUCAACUCCUGACGAACACCGCAAGCCUUUACUUUAAUUGUUCGAUGUGUAGAUUGAGUACUUUCCAUUGCUAACAAACAGACUUUAGAAACGUUAAGAAAAUUUGUCUUAACAACACUCCUUAUAAAUCAAAGCACAAGUCACUGUCGAUGACUACCACUAAAUAGACACAACUAAGAUCUUUAUGACAACUUAAGAUGACAAUAAAACAAUAAAUAUAGUCCAUUUGUUUAAUCUAGGUGGAAAAUCGUGAUCGAGAAAUUGAACGAUUAGGUCGAUUCCUUGACAGUGAUCGUUCUGCAGAUGUUUUAGCACUUGAAUCAAAAUUGAAAAGUAAUGAAAAACUAAUUGAUCAUCAGAAUGUUCAAAUUGAUUAUUUACACGAGAAAAAUCGUCAGUUAGAAAGACGUUUACAAGAAUUGAUUGAUUUGAAACGUGAUUUAUCCAGUAAACAAUUUGAAGAGAAAUUAAAAAAUAUUGAUCUAUUAAGAGAUUUAAAAGAUAUUGAUCGAUUAGCACGAAAAGUUCAAGCAGAUAAAGAAUAUACAGUUGAUGCAGCUGACAGAGAUUUAAAUGAAGCUAAAGAACGUAAAAGUCUUUUACAAGAACUUGAAAUAUCUAAAGCUCAAUCUUCCGAACGUGAUAAUGAAAUUGUUCGUUUACAAGAUUUAAUUGAACGUAUUCAAACGGAUAAAGCACGCUUGAGUAAACGUUUAUCAAAACUAGUACUAAAUGAAAAAGAUUUAUUACAAGAAUUACAAAAAUCACGUCGUAUAACAAAACCAGCGACACCAGGUGGUUCAACUAAAAAGUUAUCAUUACCAGCACGUUUAGAUACACAUUUAAAAAAUGUUGAAGAUGAACGUGAUUUAUAUAAGAAUGAAAUUGAUACAUUACAAAAAUUAUUAAAUGAAAGAUUUUAUCAUCGUCAUACAUCACAUUCUCCAACAUCCCGUGCUCGAUCAACAAGUCCACAAUUAUUAACACGUUCAUCACCACAACAUCGUUUAACAAGAAAAGACAUUGCUACAUCACCUAUUAAACGAUCUAUAUCUGCCAGUACAUCACCAUCACGUUCAGCAGCGAAAUGUAUGGUAUGUGGUCUGAGUAGAAGUAAAAUAUCACAAUCUAAAGACUCAAAUCAUUAUGAAAAUGCAUUAAGAAAUUUAGAAGAUGAACGUGAUCGAUUUAAACGUGAAUUAAGUAAAUAUAAAAAUUCAUCACGUUCAUCUCGUGAAAAGGACGUUGACGAAACACAAUUAGCACGAGUUCUAAGAGAAAAAGAGGAUUUGCAAUUAUUAUUAAAUAAACUUGAACGACAUAUGGCCGAGAUUCAAGGAAAUAUUAAAGUUUUAACAAAUGAACGUGAUAAUUUAAGUGUACUCUAUGAACGAGUAUGUACAAAAGAAGAAUUACAAGAUGCUCGUCACGAUCUACUGCAUAAUGCGCAAACACCAAAAGUAUCACUUGCAGCUCAAUCAAUUUUGAGAAAAGUUGAAAAUGAACGUGAUAGCGCUAUUGUUGAAUUACGUACAGUAACAAAUGAACGAGAUUCGUUGAGAGAACGUCUAAGGAUUUCAACGGACACUGCAUUAAAUGAACGUGCACAUUACGAACAACGUAUUGAAGAUCUUGAAAUUGAAAUACAAAAAGUUGAUAAUGAUCGUGAAGAAAUUAUUCAACAAAAUCGUGUUCUACAUGAACAAAUUGAUCAAUUAGAAAAUAAACUACGCGAACAAUCAUUUGCUAUUUCACAGAUAAAUCAAGAAUUAGGUGAUCAGAAAUCAACAUCAACUCAAUUAAGAUUUUUAUCCGAAGAAGCUGAACGUCUUGUUCAAGAACAUCAACGACAAUUGAGUUUAAAAAAAGAAGAAAUACGUAGUGCUGAUGAAAAAGCAUUGAGAUUGGAGAAAAAACUUUAUGACUUACAGGAGACAAAUAAAGGUAUCAAAGAUGAUUUUAACAUUGUUCGUACAACAGUAAAUACAUUAGAUAAAGAAAAAGAUCGUUUAUGUAGUGAAAUUGAUAUUAAAACAGAAGAAAAUAUACAUUUAAUACAAGAAUUAAAUUCAAAAACACGACGAAUUGAUGAAUUAAAUGUGAUGACAGCUGAAUUAGAAGCAGCAUUAGAUCGAUCAAAAGAUGAUACAAAACAAAAAUUAAAAGAAAUAUCAAGUAUGCGUAUGCAACUAGAUCGAAAUUUAGAAGAUACAAAUGAUAUACGUCGUAAAUUUGAUUUGUCCGUACGUGAUAUAAAACGUUUGCAAGAUGAUUUAUUAACAGUGACACGUGAAAAUCAAACUAUUCAUCAAGAACUUGAACAUGCUGUCGAUGAUAAAGAAAAUUUGAAACUACAGGUUCAAGAUUAUAUUAAUGAAGUGUCAAAGUGUGAAGAUUUAAUUACUCAAAAAGAACAUGAUCGUAAUACAUUAGUCGAACAGUAUCGUGAAGCAAGUGGUGAAUUAAAUCGAAUGAAAAUGACGAUUGCCGAAUUAGAAACAGAAACAUUGAAUAGAAAACAAGAGCUACAUAUGAAAACGUCUGAUGUAAAACGUCUUAAUGAACGUAUCGAGUAUUUAGAAAGAGAAUUACAAAAGCAAUUAGCGGUUGGUCAAGAAUUUGAAAUUCAAUUAUCGAAUAUGAACCGUUCAAUGCAGCGUAACGAAGAUAUAAUUAAAAAAUUACAUAAUGACAAACAAGGUUAUGCCGAUGAAAUUGGAAAUAUUAAAGAUAUUAAUUCAACAUUAGAACUGAAAAGGGAACAAAUAACAAGACAUUUAACGGGCAAAGAAAUAGAAAAUGAACAACUUCAAUCAGCUGUAUCCGAUAUGAAAGUUGAAAUUGAAAUGUUAAGAAAUCAGAUACAAAAUGAAAGAGCAAUGGUACGAAGUUUAGAAGAUAUAAUUGGAUCAACACGUGAAAAAGACUUCCAGCUACAGUUACAAUCACAAGAAAAAGAAUCUGAGUUACAAUUGUUAAAAGAUCGUGUAAAUAUGAAUGAUAUGAAAAUACAAAGUCAAAGUAAAGAAAUAGCCUCUCUUCGAACACAGGUAAUCGGCCUAGAAACAGAUAAUGAAAGACUAAAACGACAAUUGACAGGUGAACGAUAUGAACGUGAAAAAUCAGCACAAGAAUUAAGGAAAAUGACUGAUUUAACAACCCAUAUAGAUGUGGAAUCUCGUUUUCGAAAUACUUCUCCAAGAGUAACAACAACUAGUGGUCGUCGAUCACCUGUACGAAAUUAUUCUCCACAACGUACCGAUACACGAUCACCAACAAAAGGAAUUGAUCGCAACUGUAGUUUAUGUGGAGAUACAACACCUUGA